UCGGAACGGAAGAACGUGCAAGUUUUCCGCAAUUAAUCGGUUCGGUGCAAAGAAACAAUUGCAAGAUGAUGACAUACGCGAACAGCAAGCCAUUAAUAAUUGCAGUGAACGCGUUUAUUGUUGCAGCCGUUGUUAUAUUGUUGUUAGUCUACCAUUUUUCGAACCAAAUUGAAGAUCCUCGAAGUAACUAAGAAUGCAGUGGGACAAAUCGGUGUAUGUGUUCGUCCUGCAGACGAAGACUGAUGCUGCUGCAUUUGCGGUGAGAGUGCGUGCCUCGCAUAAGUUGGAAACGUUAACCGGCAGCAGGACCAAGGACCAAGGACGAAGGACGAGCUGGGAACAGGGAACAGGGAGGAGCUGGAAAAUGGGGAGCAUGGGAAUGACUAACGAUGAGCAGAGAGUGCGGCCUUUGUGCGAAAUUUCACAUUUGGUUAGCACACGCAGCUUUGGAAAAGGGGAGAACAACAGGAUGGAUUUGCGAGCACACAAGGACGAACAUUUACAUACAGCCUACAUCCUACCAUAAGUUGAUAAAUAAUAAUACUUUCAAAUUGUGUAGGAAAUGAGGUACUACACUUGGAAUAUGCAC